AUGCAAAACGCAACCGUCGGUUCCAUGGGAGCACAUGAUCAGACGUUAAAACCCAGGGGGAUUGUGGACAUAGAGAGACUCAAAUGUUGCGACUUUGUGAGAGGGAUAACGCGGUGGGGUAGCGGAAGAGGUUAUCGGCACCAACCUCUAUUCCCCCUAUAG